AUGGACGCGGACAGCAAGCCGUCGAUCGUUAACGGAAGUGAGGCUAUCGAGACGAAAAGGGCGCACGCCACCACCUGCGAAGGGGGUGACGUCGCGGCCGAAAUAGCCAAAAAUUUUGCCAAUGAACCGCCGUAUGACAACGAAGAGGAGAAAAGGCUAAGAUGGAAGCUUGACCUCAGGCUCAUUCCGCUUCUCUUUCUAAACAUUACUCUUCCAGCUCUGGAUAAGGUUACGCCAUCCACCGGGGCUCUAUAUGGCCUUCGCGAGGAUUUGAAGCUCAAGGGAAGUGAAUACGCGUGGGUUGGGUCAUCAUUCUACUUUGGCUACCUAUUCUGGUGCUUCCCUUCUUCGCAAAUUCUGCAGCGAUUUAACAUCGCAAAGUCAAUGUCUGCAGUGAUGGUUUUGUGGGGGAUCUUACUCGUUGGCGCUGGGUUUUCCAAUAACUUCGCUACUAUGUGCGCCACGAGGGUGCUCCUCGGAGCUCUCGAAGCCCCAGUAGCCCCCGGUAACUUCAUCCUGAUGACAAUGUGGUACACCCGUAACGAACAACCAGUUCGUGCAGGCCUUUUCUACACCGGGCUCGCAACACUGAUAACUGGGACUUUGGGGUGGGCUGUCGGAUUCAUCCACCGCGACUACGCCUGGAGGAGCUUUUUCUGGAUAACUGGCGGUAUUACAGUUGUCUAUGCGAUCCUUGUCGGUUUCCUUCUCCCAGAUAAUCCGGUCAAAGCUAAAUUCAUCACCGACCGAGAGAGAUAUGUGGCCAUCGAAAGACUAAGGGCCGAUCAAUUAGGCAUAGAGAACAAGACUUUUGUCAGAUCUCAGCUCUGGGAGCUUGCCGCGGACCCCAAAACAUGGCUCAUGUUCUUCUUCAAUAUCUUCGUAUCCAUCCCAAAUGGCGGCCUUACCAACUUUGCCCCACUCAUCAUCAAUGGCUUGGGGUAUAGUCCGCAGAGGUCGGCGUUGCUGAUGAUGCCUACCGGUGUUAUCCAAACACUUUCAAGUUAUCUCUGUAACUUUGGAGUCUACUUCUGCAUCCGAACCUUUCGCGGGGUUCAGCUACGGGGCGUGUUCGUCAUUGGCGGCCUUAUUGUCGGGAUGCUCGCUACUAUGCUGCUAUACACGCUGCCAUUGGAUAGCUAUGUGUCGAGGCUCAUAGCACUUUAUUUCUCCUAUUUUUAUCUUGGCCCAUACAUUGUCGCACUUGGUAUGAACAGCGCGAAUACGGCUGGCCAUACAAAGAAGGUAACUAGUAAUGCCAGCGUUUUCGCUGCAUAUUGUAUAAGCAACAUAAUCGGGCCCCAAUUUUUCCAAUCUUCACAAGCACCACUUUACCCUCUUGGCAUGGCUGCGAUGCUAGUCGCUUACGGUCUCAGCAUCUUCACAAUGAUUUUGUACAUGUUAUAUUGCUGGAAAGAGAAUCGUCGAAGGGAGAUGCUGGACGCAAAUGCCGGAGGGAUGCAUCUAGACACGGAUUUUCGAGACAUCACGGACUACGCUAACGUACACUUCAGAUAUGUCUGGUGA